AUGUCCGACCCCAGCUACUGGACCGCGGUGGCGGCUCCUGGCCACCGGAGCCGCCUGGCCAAGGGCGCAUUGCUGCAGCGCUCCAAGAGCUGCCGAAGUGGGAACCGUAAGAGCCUCGUGGUAGGAACACCCUCACCAACCCUUUCCCGGCCCCUGUCACCACUGUCAGUCCCAACCGCAGGCAACAGCCCCUUGGAUAGUCCCCGGAACUUUUCAGCCGCGUCAGCUGUCAGCUUCCCCUUUGCCCGGAGGGCUGAUGGCAGAAGAUGGUCCCUCGCAUCCCUCCCGUCUUCUGGCUAUGGAACCAACACACCCAGUUCCACUGUCUCGUCGAGCUCAUCCUCUCGGGAGCGUCUCCACCAGCUUCCUUUCCAACCGACGCCAGACGAACUGUGUUUCCUGUCCAAGCAUUUCCGCAGCUCAGAGAGUGUGGCUGACGAGGAGGGUGGCUACCGCUCACCCCGCCUUCGACCCCGCUCCCGCAGCCUCAGCCCUGGACGCACAACAGGAACCUUUGACAAUGAGAUCGUCAUGAUGAAUCACGUGUACCGGGAGAGGUUUCCGAAGGCCACAGCCCAGAUGGAGGGCCGUCUGCGGGAGUUCCUCACUGCCUUCACUCCUGGUGCCCGGCUGGCUCUGGCUGAUGGCGUCCUGGGCUUCAUCCACCACCAGAUUGUUGAACUGGCCCGCGAUUGCCUGGCCAAGUCUGGAGAGGCACUUGUCACCUCCCGCUACUUCCUGGAGAUGCAAGAGAAGCUUGAGAGGCUGCUACAGGAUGCCCACGAGCGCUCGGACAGUGAGGAGGUCGGCUUCGUUGUCCAGCUGGUCCGGAAACUGCUGAUCAUCAUCUCACGGCCAGCAAGGCUCCUUGAGUGCCUCGAGUUUGACCCUGAAGAAUUCUACCACCUGCUGGAGGCUGCUGAGGGCCAGGCUCGAGAGGGCCAGGGCAUCAAGACAGACCUGCCGCAGUACAUCAUUGGGCAGCUGGGCCUGGCUAAGGACCCCCUUGAGGAGAUGGUGCCUCUGAGUCACCUCAAUGACAGAGGACAGCCCCCAGCACCUGAAUCCCUGGAGAGCCGUGUCCUGGUUGGCCCAUCACGGAGGAAGCCAUGUGAAAGCGACUUCGAGACGAUCAAGCUCAUUAGCAAUGGAGCCUAUGGGGCCGUCUACCUGGUGCGGCACCGGGACACUCGCCAGCGCUUCGCCAUCAAGAAGAUCAACAAGCAGAACCUGAUCCUCCGUAACCAGAUCCAGCAGGUCUUCGUGGAGCGUGACAUCCUCACCUUUGCCGAGAACCCCUUUGUGGUCAGCAUGUUCUGCUCCUUUGAGACCCGGCGCCACCUCUGCAUGGUCAUGGAGUAUGUGGAAGGCGGGGACUGUGCCACUCUCCUGAAGAACAUGGGUCCACUGCCUGUGGACAUGGCCCGAAUGUACUUCGCAGAGACAGUGCUGGCGCUUGAAUACCUGCACAACUACGGCAUUGUGCACAGGGACCUCAAGCCUGACAACCUGCUUAUCACCUCGCUCGGCCACAUCAAGCUGACUGACUUUGGCCUGUCCAAGAUCGGGCUCAUGAGCAUGGCCACCAACCUCUACGAGGGCCACAUUGAGAAGGACACCAGGGAGUUCAUGGACAAGCAGGUGUGUGGGACACCCGAGUACAUCGCACCGGAAGUGAUCUUCCGCCAGGGCUACGGCAAGCCGGUGGACUGGUGGGCCAUGGGUGUCGUCCUCUACGAAUUCCUGGUGGGCUGUGUGCCUUUCUUUGGAGAUACCCCUGAGGAACUCUUUGGCCAGGUGGUCAGUGAUGAGAUCAUGUGGCCAGAAGGGGAGGAGGCUCUUCCGGCUGACGCCCAGGACCUUAUUACCAGGCUUCUUCGGCAGAGCCCACUGGACCGUCUUGGUACUGGUGGCACCCACGAGGUGAAGCAGCACCCCUUCUUCUGGACACUGGACUGGACAGGGCUUCUGCGACACAAGGCUGAGUUCGUGCCACAGCUAGAAGCUGAGGAUGACACCAGCUACUUUGACACGCGCUCAGAACGGUACCGGCACCUGGGCUCUGAGGACGACGAGACCAACGAUGAGGAGUCGUCCACGGAGAUCCCCCAGUUCUCGUCCUGUUCCCACCGGUUCAGCAAGGUCUACAGCAGCUCUGAAUUCCUGGCUGUGCAGCCCACCCUCCCCUUCACUGAACGAAGUUUCAGUGAGGACCGGGAGGAAGGAUGGGAACGUGGCGAAGGGGAGGAUGGCCGCCAGCUGAGCACUGAGGUCCGGCUGAGGUCCUGGACAUCCUCCGUUUCUUCCUGCUAUUCAUCCUCUUCCCAGCCUGAGCGGGGACCCAGUCCAUCUCUGAUGAGCACCAUCAGCCUGGACACGAUGCCCAAGUUUGCCUUCUCAUCAGAGGACGAGGGAGCCUACCCAGCCCCUGUAGGCCCCAAGAGACCCAUCUUCAUUCUAGGGGAGUCUGAUCUGCCCCCAACAGCCACCCCAGUGAUGCCCAAGCCUUCGAGCCUCUCUGCCGACCCCAGUGCUCUCAGUCAGACACGCCUACGGAGUAACAGCACUGGUGCCCGACACUCCACGCCACGGGCUCUGGAUGCCAGCCAGGGCCACCGCCUCAGGGGCCCUAAAGACUCGGCCCCUGAGAAGUCCAGGGCCUCCAGUGGGGGCUGCAUGCCCAAGUCAGCCUCCGUGUCUGCCUUGUCACUUAUCAUCACGGCCGAUGAUGGCAGCGGCGGCCCCCUCAUGAGCCCUCUGUCCCCACGCUCUCUGUCCUCGAACCCAUCAUCUCGUGACUCCUCUCCCAGCCGAGACCCAUCCCCUGUGUGUGGCAGCCUGCGGCCCCCCAUUGUCAUCCACUGUUCUGGCAAGAAGUACGGCUUCAGCCUGCGGGCCAUCCGUGUCUACAUGGGCGACAGUGAUGUCUACACUGUGCACCAUGUCGUCUGGAGCGUGGAGGAGGGGAGCCCUGCCCAUGAGGCGGGCCUGCGAGCUGGAGACCUCAUCACCCACGUCAAUGGGGAGUCGGUCCUGGGGCUGGUACACAUGGACGUCGUUGAGCUGCUGUUGAAGAGCAGCAACAAGAUCGCCCUUCGGACUACAGCCCUGGAAAACACGUCCAUCAAGGUGGGCCCUGCACGGAGGAACAUGCCCAAGGGCCGCAUGGCACGCAGGAGCAAAUGGAGCCGCCGGCGUGAGACCCAGGACCGGCGGAAGUCACUCUUCAAGAAGAUCUCGAAACAAUCAUCGGUAUUGCACACCAGCCGCAGCUUCUCCUCCGGCCUCCACCACUCCUUGUCAUCCAGCGAGAGCCUCCCGGGCUCACCCACCCACAGUCUCUCCCCCAGCCCCACCAUGCCCUGCCAUAGUCCCGCUUCUGAUGCCCUGGCAGACUCCGUGUCUCCACCCACUGCAUCUCCAAGCUCCAGCAGCCCUGCCUCUCCAGCCACUGCUGGCCACACCCGCCCCAGCUCCCUGCAUGGCCUGGCCUCCAAGCUUGGGCCACCCCGCCCCAAGGCUGGCCGCCGCAAGUCUACCAGCAGCAUCCCACCCUCCCCCCUGGCUUGCCCACCUAUGCCUGCACCCCCACCCCGCUCGCCCUCACCCUUGCCAGCGCCCAACCGGUCUCCAAGGUUGCGCCGGGGCCAGUCAGCAGACAAGCUGGGUGCAAGUGAGCGGCCAGAUGGGGAGUUGGGGCGCCGCAGCCGUGGGCCAGACUCCGAGCUGGUGGUCAUGCGAAGGCUGCACCUGUCUGAGCGCCGAGACUCUUUCAAGAAGCAGGAGGCUGUGCAGGAGGUGAGCUUUGAUGAGCCACUGGAGGAGGCCACCAGGCCACCUGCUGUGAUGCUGCAGAUUGCAGUGGAGGGUGCUGAGGCUGUGCCCGGAGCCCUGGGACCCAUUGGGAAGGACUGAUCCCUCCCCACUUGGCCUCCCCCUGGCCUGGAAGUUGUGCAUUUUUUGUGCAAGAUUUUUCCAGUCAAGCGACACCUGGAUGGAUGGAGACUAAGCCACCGGCCUGUGACACACAGAAGGAAGGAAGCCAUCAUGCUCCUUGCUGGAAGGUGGAGUCAAGCACCUGCAUGUUUUGGUGCCCAUUAGUCAGGGACUAAAGAACAGGAAUGGGAGAUGAGGGUGGCACUGUAAAUAGCAGCAAAUCCCAGUGACUAAUUUAUUACUUUUUUUCAAAGUAUAAGAGAAAGUUUAUUUAGAAAGUUACAGAAUCAAAAGAAGGGCCCUUGGAAGAAAUGGGCUCAGGGAACAAGUUACAGAGGCAAAAGAAGGGUCCUUGGAGAGAGAAGGUAAAGGUAACUCAUCUGGGGGAAAGGCACAGGCAUGCUCCCUGGAGGGAGAGCGUACCUAAUGCAUUAUUUUUUAUAAAUGGUAGCCAGAUGGAGCAGAUGGAGCUGCCAGGGUCCAGCCCCUUGCAUCUGGAACUCUAUUUGCAGACCCUGCUCCUGGGGCUCUGAAGGAAGCACUUUGGACAAGUCACAUGUGUUUGUGUUUUCUUGUUUUUCUGUACUUUUAAUAGUUUUUUUUGUUUUUUGUUUUACUUGAUCCCAUCCCUGACCCAAGACCCAGUGAGGAUGCUUGUCUGAGCCCAUCUCACUUGUUGGGGGCCCAAUCUGGAUGUGACUUGGAGAGGUUAAUUGAAUCCCCUUCACCACAAAACAAGAGUCAUCCCCAUGAUGGUCUGGAUGCUGAAGGCUGCUUCCCACCAUUAUAGCCUCCAUCUGUCUCCAGUCCUUUGGGCUUAGGGGAUGUAGGAACUGGGUCUUUAAUUGAUGAGUAGGAGUUCGCCAGAUCUAGGCAGAGGGGUCAUCCACUCCAUUGGGGGACACUAAUGCCCCAGGAGGAAGAGGCCUCAAAGGGCACUGCCAGCAGAAGAAUGUCCAUCCUGGACAAGAUUUCAUAUGUUUGAUGCUCAUCAGGGUGAGCACUAGGAUAUGAUGUGUCUGAAACACCCACUGACAGUUCCCUCAAUGUGUCACAGCCUCCCUGGGAUGAAAUCCAAGCUGAAAAUCCAAAUGGGGGGUAGUGAAAUCCGAAUUUGAAUCUUACCUUCACUGUUUGGCUCUAGGAAAAUGGCUGCUCCACUCUGUGCCUGAGUUUCCUCGUGUUUACAAAACUAAUCCCAAUGACUUUAUUAAGCACCUACUAUGUGCCAAGCUCUUUUACUCGUGGCUUGUCCCACAGCCAGCCUUGAGAAGGUUGGAACUGGUGUCAUCACCCCCAUUUACAGACAGAUAGCUGAGGCCUAAUGAGGGGCAGAAGCUUGUCCCACAAUUGCCUGGUGAGAGUCAUGCAGCCAGGCCCUGCUGUGGGCCUUGUCAGCAAGGGAGCUUAAUGCAGAGUCUGAUGUCAGAUAUGGCUGAUUCCAUCCAGCCCAUGAUGCUGUGCGACCCAUGGGGCAUCUCAGCACCUCCAUUUCCCAUUUGGAGGUGGCUGGCAAGAUUGCUGUGCAGCCACAUGAUUUUUGGCACUUUCCAAGUAUUGCAGCCUACUCUGUGUCCUCUUGCCCUUCCCCCAGCAUUGCCUAGUGUUGGAGCUAGACCGAGGCUAUGCUUGACUUGCUUCUUUCUUCCAUCACAGAGCUGACAGUGAAUAAAACCCGCAUUG